UCCGGAGCUCAACACAGUGCAAACGGGGGAGGGAGACGGUUCCCCUGGCCGUGCCUGUCUGCAGACGGGGGACCCUGGGCCUGGGCUCCCUCCCCGCUCAGAGCCCCUCCUGGACCCUGGGGCUCAUCCUGGACUUGUGCCUGCUACGAGACCCCACCGGAUUCGGGCUCUUGGCUGAGAGGUCCGCCAUGGCCGCUCCCCGGCUGCGCGCGUGGCAGCUGCUGCUCCUGCUGGGCGCGUGGCGGGCGCGGGCCGCCGCCCCGCGCUGCACCUACACCUUCGUGCUGCCCCCGCAGAAGUUCACGGGCGCCGUCUGCUGGAGCGGCCCCGCGCCCGCGCGGCCCGCGCCCGAGGCCGCCAACGCCAGCGAGCUGGCGGCGCUGCGCACGCGCGUGGGCCGCCACGAGGAGCUGCUGCGCGAGCUGCAGCGCGUGGCCGCGGCCGACGGCGCCGUGGCCGGCGAGGUGCGCGCGCUGCGCAAGGAGAGCCGCGGCCUGAGCGCGCGCCUGGGCCAGCUGCGCGCGCAGCUGCAGCACGAGGCGGGGCCGGGGGCGGGGCCGGGGGCGGGGCCGGGGGCGGAGCCUGCCGCCGCCCUGGCCCUGCUGGGCGAGCGCGUGCUCAACGCGUCGGCCGAGGCGCAGCACGCGGCCGCGCGCUUCCACCAGCUGGACGUCAAGUUCCGCGAGCUGGCGCGGCUGGUCAGCCAGCAGAGCGGCCUCAUCGCGCGCCUGGAGCGCCUGUGCCCGGGCGGCGCGGCCGGGCAGCAGCAGGUCCUGCCGCCACCCCUGGUGCCCGUGGUCCCCGUCAGCCUGGUGGGUGGUGGCAUCAAUGACACCAGGAGGCUGGACCCAGCCCCAGAGCCCCAGAGAGACCAGACCCUGAGACAGCAGGUGCCCUUGGCCUCUCCCGUGGCUGCAGGGCCACCUGCUGUCCCCACGAAGCCAGCAGGCCCAUGGCGGGAUUGUGCAGAGGCCUACCACGCAGGCCUGCGGCAGAGCGGGGUGUACGAGCUGCGCCCGGGCCGGCACGUGGUGUCAGCGUGGUGCGAGCAGCGGCUGGAGGGCGGGGGCUGGACCGUGAUCCAGCGGCGCCAGGACGGCUCCGUCAACUUCUUCACCACCUGGCAGCAGUACAAGGUGGGUUUUGGGCGGCCAGACGGCGAGUACUGGCUGGGCCUCGAACCCGUGCACCAGCUCACCAGCCGCGGGGACCAUGAGCUGCUGGUGCUCCUGGAGGACUGGGGGGGCCGUGGGGCCCGCGCCCACUACGACGGCUUCUCCCUGGAGCCCGAGAACGACCACUACCGCCUGCGGCUCGGCCAGUACCACGGUGAUGCUGGGGACUCUCUCUCCUGGCACAAUGACAAGCCCUUCAGCACCGUGGACAGGGACCGAGACUCUUAUUCUGGUAACUGUGCCCUAUACCAGCGGGGAGGCUGGUGGUACCAUGCCUGUGCCCACUCCAACCUCAACGGCGUAUGGCACCGGGGCGGCCACUAUCGGAGCCGCUACCAGGACGGCGUCUACUGGGCGGAGUUCCGCGGCGGGGCGUACUCUCUCAAGAAGGUCGCCAUGCUGAUCCGGCCCCUGCGGCUGUGACGCCCCGCGCCUCGGUCCCCGGGAGCCCAGGGGACACUGCUCAGCAGGAGCCCAAGUUUCCUGCUCACACCUCCUGCGGGGCUCAGUGCUGAGGGCUGUCCCGCUGUGGCCGCCCAGAUAAGGACCCUGGAGCCCUUCCCCCAGUAUCUCAGACCCGCACGGCUCCCCGAGCGCGCUUAGGUCUUGGUGGGAGCUCGCGUUUUGUAACAACAUAAAGCAUCCCCGGAAGGGGUCUGGUUCGUAUCUGGA